AGGCCACACGAUGGCAGUAGGCUGAAAUGUGUGCAUGUCUUCAGAACCCUGAUUCUGUGACGACGUGUCUCGAGUGACGUGUCUUCUGCAUCUUCCUGGUCUUGCAAACAUGGCUACACAACAGGGUGAAGUUGACGAGCUUUUUGAUGUCAAAAAUGCCUUUUACAUUGGAAGUUAUCAACACUGCAUUAACGAAGCUCAGAAAGUGAAGCCUUCAAGUCCAGAAAAAGAAGCAGAGAGAGAUAUAUUUCUAUACAGAGCAUACAUUGCUCAGAGGAAGUAUGGCGUAGUGAUGGAUGACAUCAAGACCACCUCCUCAGAGGAGCUGCAGGCUGUGAAGAUGUUUGCAGACUACCUGUCCAACGAGGGGAAAAGAGAUGCCAUUGUGGCAGAGCUCGAUAAGAAGAUGGCCAAGAGUGUGGAUGUGGCCAACACUACGUUUCUGCUCAUGGCAGCCUCCAUCUACUUCCACGAAGCAAAUUCAGAUGCUGCUCUCCGAACCCUCCACCAGGGAGAGAGCCUUGAGUGCAUGGCAAUGAGUAUUCAGCUGUUGCUCUCCUUGGACAGACUUGAUAUGGCAAGGAAAGAACUGAAGAAAAUGCAAGAGCAAGAUGAAGACGCCACUCUAACUCAGCUUGCCACAGCUUGGGUCAAUCUUGCAGUUGGAGGAGAGAAGCUGCAAGAUGCGUUUUACAUCUUCCAGGAGAUGGCUGAUAAGUACUCCCCCACACUGCUGCUCCUGAACGGCCAGGGGGCCUGCCACAUGGCCCAGAACAAGUGGGAGGAGGCAGAGGCUGUCCUCCAGGAUGCACUGGAUAAGGACAGCGGCCAUCCUGAGACGCUCAUCAACCUCAUAGUGCUCACCCAGCACGUUGGCAAGCCACCAGAGGUCACCAACCGCUACCUUUCUCAGCUCAAAGAUGCCCACAAGGCCCACCCAUUUCUCAAGGACUAUGUCUCCAAGGAGAAUGAAUUUGACCGGCUCGCCAUGCAAUAUGCUCCCAGUGCUUGAGUUUCUUCUCUCCACUUAGGACCUUUCUUUUGUCCUCUAUUGAAAAAGAACAUUGCAAGCAGAUCACUUUAUGGUGGAUUAUGUUCAUACCGCUCCUUCUCAUUACCUGUUGUCUUGACAUCAUGACAGGAUUGCAAUUUAUUUUAUUACAUUGCAUUAUUGCUAUUAAGAAUUGACUUUGUUAUUGUAUAUGUAUAUUAAACAUUCCUGGUAAUAAACAUUGAUACUUUUCCUUUAUGUUGUAA